ACUGACGCCUUGACGGUUGUAGUUCUGCUUGACAGGAUAUGUAAUUGACGUUAUCGUCGGAGCUGUUGAGGGCGGGUAUGGCGACCAUGUCUCGGAUAUGCCGCUUGACAAGUUGACAGUUGCCCUCAAAAUAUUCUUUGUGUCAGAAUGGCUCUGGGCGAUCGCGGUGGCUACCUUCCGUUUGGCCAUUAUUGCGCUCUACGUUGAAAUCUUCCAAAUAACUACCUUCUACUGGCCUAUUUCCUAUAACUGGGACCGAACGAUCCAUGGUGUUUGUGGAGAGGUCGUCUUAACUGAAUAUGCAUCAGCUGGGUUUAACAUGGGAAUCGACUUGUGGGUCGUCUCCUUGCCAUUGCCCAUGGUAUGGCGCCUGCACAUGGCAAACCGCAAGAAGUUGGGCGUCACGGGCACCUUCGCGCUAGGAAUUAUGUACGUAUUCUUUGCUGUCCUACUCGCACGAUGGACCGUCUGGAUUAAUCCCAAGCGAUACAGAACGGCGGGCAUCAACCUUGGCCGGGCGAUUCAGACCAAGGUCUGCCCUUCUGACGAUCUCACGUAUUGUGCGCGGGACAGCUCGAUUCUUGUCAUCGCCGAGAUGACCGCGGGGAUCCUUGUUGCUUGUGUUCCGACCUUUGGGUCAGUACUAUUCCGACGCAAAAAUGACAAGAGUUUACCGCGAUACGACGACGCACCCCCAACCAUUGGAUCAAAACGCCGCCGCGACCGACCUAUUCCACCGGGCGAGUUCUCGUUUGACGACGAUUUUGCGAUCAAAUCACCUGGGAUGCAAGGCCCAAACAAGAUAGGCCCAGGCGCGCACAUUGAGCCGGGUAAGCCGGGAGGCGGGCGAGGUCCCUGUGAAAUAGUCGUGACAAGGGACUUGGAUGUCUCGAGCAUAGACCUACAGCCGCUGACAAUGGAAAUCCCAAGAAGUUCAGUAUAGCGUGUAAAAAUGGGAAUGAUUCUUUUUCUUUUUUUCUGUCUUUCUUUUUUUCACCCCUGCUCUUGUGUUGUAUAUACUAUACUGUGCUGGUUCCAACAAUCAGAGACAGAUCCUGU